CGGUCAUCGUGUGAUGACACACAGCAUAUGUGCUCCGAUGUCCCCGCAACAUAGACUUGCUGCACGACCAGAAGUUUACACCUUGGUCCCGGUCUCGAAAGUUCAAUGAAGCCAGACACCUCCCUCUGGCCAGGAACAUGAAGGGCUUAUCGGGGAGCCGCUCCCAACACCAGAUCCCUUUACCCCAUGGGCUUGACUAUGACCCUCAUGUGCAUGACCUCCACACACACCAUGGCUUGGACUCCCGCCACACCUCCUACCUGCUCAGCCCAACACAGAGCUGUCCUAUGGACUUCCAACAUCGCUACUCACCACGGAGCUCCAUCCACUCUGACUGUAUGAUGAUGUCCCCGGUUGUGAUGCCUCCUGUUGCCGUGUCUGACCACAUCUCCAGCAGCACGUUUCCCCGAAUGCACUACAGCUCUCAGUAUUAUGAUUCAGCCACACGGGAUGACUGCGUCGCUCAUGCCGGCACCAAGAGCAAUCGCCUGCCCGCCAACCUGUUGGAUCAAUUUGAAAAGCAAAUGCCACUACACCGGGAUGGCUUCCACACAUUACAGUAUCAGCGCACAUCCACCACCGCCGAACAACGCAGCGAGAGUCCUGGGCGUAUCAGACACCUUGUUCAUUCUGUCCAAAAGCUCUUCACAAAGUCCCACUCCCUGGAAGGAUCAUCAAAGAUGAAUGGCACAAAAGGUGACAUUGUAGGAGGUGGAGGAUCAGGGAGUUACCAUCAUCAUGGGCAUCAGACUAACAAACAUGGUAGCAAGAGGAGCAAGAGCAAAGAACGCAAGCAACGAUCCGGCGGCUGGUGGAGCUCCGAUGACAAUCUGGAUAGCGACAGCACUUACCGCACUCCCAGUGUUAUGUCACGACACCACGGGGAACAUAUCACCCAUUGUUACCCAGAUUCCAUACACGGACACCACUUUGGAGAUCUGUCACUCAAGGCUUCGAAGAGUAACAACGACGUCAAGUGCAUAGCGUGCGACAGUAUGGCAAUGGCGCCUGAAGGCAAAUUCAUGAAGAGGAGCUCCUGGUCUACACUGACUGUUAGCCAGGCUAAGGAGGCCUAUAGAAAGUCAUCACUCAACUUAGAGAAAACCAUGAUGCACGCAGACCUUAAGCCUUCACGGACCUGUCACUAUCUGCAGGUUCCUCAAGAUGAGUGGGGUGGAUACCCCGGUGAGAAGGAUGACGAGAUCCCAUGUCGGCGGAUGAGGAGCAGUAGCUAUGUCAAAGCUAUGGGAGAGGUGGAUGAUGAUAGUGGCGAUUCCGAAAGCCCCAAGACCUCCCCACAGAAAAGCAUUCGGCCAGAUGCUCUUGUCCUUAAGUCAGCCAUGCACAGACCGCAUUUUGACUCCCAAAGCCCGGGCUACCGCUUGCAAACCAUGAGAGAUAUGCGGGCCCACCCGAGUGUUACGCUGGACCCUGCCACCACUUUUCAUCCACCGCCCUUCCGCUCUCGCAACCAGAGUUACAUGCGUGCUGUCAGCACCCUCAGUCAGGCUAGCUGCGUCAGCCAGGUGAGUGAGACUGAGAUCAAUGGCCAGUUUGAGUCAGUUUGCGAGUCCGUUUUUAGUGAAGUAGAAUCCCAGGCUAUGGAGGCCUUGGACCUGCCGGGUUCGUUCCGCACUCGAAGCCACAGUUACCUCCGUGCAAUACAGGCUGGUUAUUCCCAAGAUGACGACUGCUUGCCUUCAAUGACAUCCUCCACUGUCACUUCAACUCUCAGAUCCACAACAGUGGUGUCAUAUCCUCCUAGUUUCAAGAAGACUCCACCUCCUGUGCCCCCGCGUGCCACCACCAAGCCUCUUAUCUCUGUGACAGCCCAGAGCAGCACCGAGUCCACCCAAGAUGCCUACCAGGAGGGGAGGCCACCGCGAGGCGGUCUGUGGACCACCGACAGCCUCGGACGCCCCAUCUACAGCUCCAUGGACAGCCUGGACAGCUCCAAGGCGGUCACGAUGGCCAUGGAGUCUGCGGCGCCCAAGAGGCACGCGUCUUUGGGCAGCCACAGCUCCAUCCAGACAUGCGACAAAGCCGUGUUGGUAUCCAAGGCAGAAGAGUACCUCAAAACCCCUAGAUCCUCUAUCGGGAUACAGGUGGAAACUGUGACAGAUUCCGAGACUGAAAGCAAGGGCCUUCCGCAGUUUCACUCUAUAGGUAUCCAGGUGGAGGAUCACAAAAGGCGUGGGCGGGUCAAGCGCUCCAACAGUGUUACCACUGCAGUGCAAGCCGACAUGGAGCUGGAAGGCUUCCCUUCCAUGGAAGACAAGGGUCUGCAGUUCGGUGGCGCUUUUGGUCGCCACUCUGAGCCCAGCACGCCCACGCAGUACGGGGCCAUCCGCACAGUGCGCACACAGGGCCUGUUUAGCUACAGAGAGGACUAUCGGGCCUCCAGUGGGGCCCCCAGCCUGCAGCCUGAACCCUGGCUGGCUGAACCUAGCCUGGAGGCCAGUGAGAUGGGUCGAGUGUCUCCUCUUCGCAGGGAUGGCGGCUGGUUCAUGCAGCUUCUUCACAAUGAAUCCAAAAGGAUGGAGGGAUGGUGUAAAGAGAUGGAGAGGGAGGCAGAGGAGCAUGAUCUGUCGGAGGAGAUUCUCGGGAAAAUCCGGAGUGCGGUGGGAAGUGCUCAGCUGUUAAUGUCCCAAAAGUUUCAGCAGUUUUACUGGCUGUGUCAGCAAAAUCUGGACCCCAGUGCCAUGCCCAGACCCACAUCUCAGGACCUGGCCGGAUUCUGGGACCUCUUGCAGCUUUCCAUUGAAGACGUCACUGCCAAAUUCGAAGAGCUGCAGCAGAUCAAGAGCAACCAGUGGCAGCUGGUUGAGAGUCCUGAGAAGAAGGAUCGUAAGUGGAUUCCUCUUCCGACUAAGAGGCCCGCCAGGGGCCGUGGCGGCAUGAUGCGGGAGCGCUCCCUGGACCUCCAGGACCGCCAGCGUCAGGAAGCCCGCAGACGGCUCAUGGCCGCCAAACGAGCGGCGUCCUUCAGACAGAACUCGGCCACGGAGCGGGCCGACAGCAUCGAGAUCUACAUCCCGGAAGCUCAGACGAGGCUUUGAGGUCCUCGGAUUCAUCCUCGAUCUCUUUCCUCAUCUCCCCCACCCCAUCCAACACCAGCUUUUGGCGUCACAUCUAGCUUCCAUCACCCACCUUAAGAUGCGUUGCCAUUCUCUGGGUUCUUACGCUUAUAGCCUUUAUUUCG